AUGACGGUCAUGUGUACGUGGAUGUAGAAAAUAUGUAAAUGAUUUAUUGCAUAAUGUUUCUCCGACGAUUUAACGUUUUAAAUUUAUUUCUAGGUCUACAACGGAACGCCAUUGGAUUUUGUCGCAACACGAAAAUUACUCGAGAAUGCGAUUGAAACUUUGUCCCAACUAUCAUUUCGAUAACCAUCAAAACGCUAGUAAUCUGAGAGACAAUGCUGGUGAGUAAAACAAAGAAUACAUAUAAAAAAAAAUGCGUUAGUCGUAUUUCGUCCAGAUAGGCUCUUUUCCGCUCGGAUUGGUGACCGCCCGGAUAUCUUAUCAACCUGAAAGUCCUUUUACCGACACAAAUUAUAUUAUACUUAAUGCGGGUAUAGGUAAAAGUUCUUAGAAAUACGAACAAUAGUAAUAAAACAAUUUUGUUUGGACAUUUGAAAGAAACCUAUAUCGUUAUUCGAGAAAUGAAAAAUAAUUGAACUUUUAUGUUAAAAAUAAUAUGCGAAACUAUAUAAUUUCUUUCUAAAUUACUUACUGUUAUAACUGUUAUUGAAUAUUGAAUACCGUUGUACAGGGGGCGGUAUAAAAUGCUUGAUGGACUGUCCUGAAAUUCCGCCUUGCAUGCCACAAGUGGCCGUUAGAAGUUUAGUGGAAGAAGAUGGCGAAAUGUUACCAGACGAGGACAUAGCUUCUUAUAAAAUGAAUUAUCCAGAGUACGUAUAUAUUUUAUUUUAUUGACAAUUUAUUCAAUGAUAUUUUUUACAAUUUGAGUUUUCUAUAACCGGCGGUGGAUACAGAGUUGAAUUUUGGGGGAGAUCUAAAAUAAUAUCACUAAGCAAAAAAAUAAAAAAUACGGUACCUACUGCUAUAGAUGGGAAGUUGAGAAGUUAGAACUAAGGUUAUUUAAUUUAUAUCUGUAAGCAUUGAUAAUCCAUUACUCAUUUAUUAAUCGAUUGGAGUGUAAUAUUUCUGGUAGACAUUUUGUUCACGGAAAGAAAACAUACAAAUUUAUCAUGAUACAAUCAGUUACAUUAAUCGCUCCUUUUUUCUUCCUUAAAAAUCUUGUACUAUAUUAUAUGAAUUAAACAAAUAAUUAUUUUUGGAAGUAGAAACUUUUGUGUAGUCUAUAGUCUGGAAGGAGAGGUCGAGGUCCCUGGGAUCGAUCUGGAACCACUACUGUCUACAAUUUGCUUCUUUUGAAAUAUUUGUAUAAGUCGUCAAGUCAAUACGUAUAUUAAUAUGUGCAUUAAUUGCCCUUCUCUUCCUCAAAAAAAAUUAAAAUAAUCUGUAUACUAUCAUUCAUAAAUUAGUUAUUUUUUUAACAAUAAUAAUACUUAUACAUGGCUGUUACCUAUCUAACUGUUUUGGUAAUUUUGCAGGGAAGACAACGAGCGAAAAGAGAAGUUAGUUUUGUCGGUUGACUGUCAAUUAGUUACAUUGAUGAGCGUUAUCAAAGGACGAUUAGUCAUAUCGACGACGCACGCUUAUUUUCACGAUUUGACGCCGAUCACGGAGGAUUGCGAUAGACAUGACUUUAAGGUGGCAUGUUAAUUUAAUUGGUCGAAAUAAUAUUAAUAAAUUUGCCAUUUUAGUAAUACUACACGACGUAUAGCACAUAUAAAAAAAUGAAAAAAAAAACGGUAUUGUCGCACGCUGACACCAUUUAUAACCAAUGUCAAUUAUGAUGUCUAAAUGGCAGUUAUUCUCAAAAAUAAACACGAUCCUCUGAAUUUUUAGAGAUAUGGGGUGUUCCGUUAUUCACCCUACUCUUAAAACAAAAGAAAAAAAAAAAGAAACGUUACAUUAUUAUAGAACUUUAGUCCCGUCUAUAAUAAUAUAUUUUACAAUUUUCUUUUUUAAUUACGAUUGUGCACAACUAAUCGUAAAUUACUUUUUGUGUGACAGUGAAAUGUUUAACAACCGGACAUCGUUUAGUCAUCGCAGUACUAAUUAUUAUUAUUGGCAACACUAUAUUAUAUGUCAUGUCCUUGUCCAGUGAAAGUAAUCCGUAUCAAAUUAUACAACCCGAAUCGAUCAAAUUGUAGACGACAUUAUUAUUCAAUAUGUUUUUUUUUUUUUUUUUUUUUUUUUUUUUUUUUUUUUUUUUUUUUGGUUUAGCUACUGAUCUGAUACAUAAUUCGUCAAAUAAUUAUUAAAUGGGUAGGUUUAUGCUCGGAUGUUACGAUUGUGUAUACCAUGCAUAUUAUAUUUGUAACAAAUUUGUAUGAAACUAUCCCCGUUAAAUAAUAAUAAUUAGUUUCUGUUGAUUGUGGUACUUAUCCUAAGUCUAACAUCUCGAUUGUGAAGUAUUAAAUUCUGAGCGAAGCGAGGAACGUGUUGGUUUUAAAAUGAUGUUUAUUUUUUUUAAAUCUGUAAACAACUUUUCUCUCGGAAAUUUCGCUCCGAUUUUCAAGCGUAGCACAUUUUCUGGAAAAUUUGGAAAAAACGGGAAAAUAUAUGAAAUGUAUUAUUUUCAAAUUAUAAAUAUUAUAACCUUUCAAAACAUGUAUUACUGAACUCCGGUCAGAAUGGUUUUUCGUUAGCAAUGGUUAGUGGUUGUAUACAUAUUUACAUUCAAUUUCUCUUCUACCUUCCCAAUUUUUCAUCUAAAACGGUGGCCCGCCCAUCAUGUGAGUUUGUCCGUUUAGUUUUUUCUUUUUUUUAUAAACUUACAAUUUUUCUUUGAAGUGUCACGGUAAAAAUACAUUCUUAUUGCUCUUGUAAUGUCAGUGUGCGUUUGUGUUUUAGUGGUCUAUGACGAAACUGAGAGACGUAUACUUACGACGAUACAAUCUGCGCAGGAGCGCAUUAGAAUUUUUCUUGAUGGACCAGUCGAACUAUUUCUUGAACUUUACGACAAAAGUAAUGAAUAAAAAUUUUCAUCAAUAAAUACCAUAUUACUUUGUACAUAUAUAUUAUAUUAAUUGUAUGAUUUUCAGAUUCGUUUGAAAGUUUUGACCGCAAUUUACAGCGUUCACCCUCCUAAUUUUUCGUUUAACAGCAGUCGACAUCCGCAAGACCUUUUACGAAAGUCUGGCUGUACCCAAAAGUGGGUCAACAGAGAAAUAUCAAAUUUCGAAUAUCUUAUGCAAGUCAGUAUAGUAACUAAUUUACUAUGCGUUAAAUUUUUGUACACAAUAAAAUAUUAUUGUAAAAAAAUUAAUAUUUAAUUAAUAUUAUAAAGUAAAUAUUUUUUUUUUCACCAGCUGAACACCAUAGCUGGUCGCACUUACAACGAUCUUUCGCAAUACCCGGUAUUUCCGUGGGUGUUGGCCGAUUAUAAAUCCGAAGAAUUAGAUUUGAAUGAUCCGAAAACGUUCAGAGACUUAUCCCGGCCCGUGGGUGUAGUUAACCCCAACAAUGAAGCUGACGUACAAGCCAAGUACAAAAAUUUCGAGGAUCCGAACGGUGUCAUCGGGAAAUUCCAUUACGGUACUCACUAUUCAAAUUCUGCCGGUGUGCUGCAUUAUUUAGUUAGGGUUGAACCGUUUACUUCUCUGCACAUCGAUCUCCAAAGCGGAAGGUUAAUUUUGUUUGUUUGUUUAAAUAACCGUAUUUUACGUUAAAUUAAAAGCACGCAUAAAAAAAAUCCGUCGACUUUAUUUCAGAUUUGACGUGGCUGAUCGUCAGUUUCACUCAAUCGCGCAAACUUGGAAGCUUUUAAUGGACACACCGAACGAUGUAAAAGAACUGAUACCUGAAUUUUUCUAUUUUCCAGAAUUUCUAAAAAAUAUGAACAAGUGGGUAUUUUAAUCCCUGUAAAUGUACAGUUUUCAUCACCUACCACUAUAUUAAUAAUUGUUUUUAAAUAGAAAUCGUAUCUUUUAAAAUAAUAAUUUCUCCUAUAGAUUUGAUUUGGGCCGUUUACAAUCGUCCAAAGAAAGAAUAGGCGAUGUUAUUCUUCCCCCUUGGGCCGAUAGUCCCGAAGACUUUAUUUACAAACACCGAAAAGCGUUGGAAUCCGAAUACGUGUCUAGUCAUCUUCACGAAUGGAUCGAUUUAAUAUUCGGAUACAAACAAAAAGGUCAAGCUGCGGUAGACGCUAUGAACGUUUUCUAUUACUGCAGGUAAUACUUGUAAUAUGUGUGGAUCGUUAUUGUAAAUAUCUAAAAAUGUUUUUAUAAUAUGUUACAGUUACGAGGGUGCCGUUGAUUUAGACGCGAUUGUCGAUCCAAUAGAAAGAGAAGCCGUGGAAGGCAUGAUCAAUAAUUUCGGACAAACUCCGAGUCAAUUGUUGAAAGAACCGCAUCCACAGAGGUUGCCGUUGGACAAAGCUUUGGAGAAAAUGAUGAAAUCCGAUCAUAAAAAGCCCGAUCUUACAAUGAUGCUAUCAGAAUUGUCUACGUUUUACGUUGAAGUAUACUUUCUGAGCUGCGAUGAAACAUACGAAUAUUAAACAUUUUAAACACUGUAUUUUUUAUAUUGUAGAUAACGGACAAUAAACAUCCGAUGGUUUUCUUGAGUCCGCCCCGGUCGGCAUCCAAAGGAUUGUUGCAGACGUUCAUGACUGACAAUACAUUAGUAACAGUAUGCGAUAACUCUUUGAUCGGCCGCCACUCGUGGUUGCCCUACGAUAGACAUUCCAACAAAGGGUUCACGCUCGAAGUGGACCAAUCGCAUGUUUUGCUCAAGUAAUUAUCGUUGUUAAAAACAAUGGAAUUUUUUUUUUUUUUUGAAACUACGUUGAAUUUUUGUUCUCUCGUCUCAUAUUGUAGGGGCAAAAAAGAUCCGAACGCGUAUCCCAUGAGAUCGUCUUCGUACCAUCCGUCUGUCGAAAUGAACAGUCACCUGUUUGCUGUGUCCCACGGCGCUAAAUAUUUAUUUACUGCCGGUCACUGGGACUACAGCGUCAAGACGUUUAGUUUUUCAAAAAACAAAUACGUGUCGUCCGUUAUAAGACACUUCGGUAAACAGAUUUUGAACAAAAGUUCAUUUAAAUUACUACACAUGUGUACAUAUAUAUAUAUUUUUUUUAAAUUUCGUAUAGACAUUGUGACAUGCUUAGCGCUAGAUUCCUGCGGAUGGUACAUGAUAAGUGGCUCGAGGGAUUGCACUUCGGUCGUGUGGGACGUUUCCAAUUUCAACACGUGCCCUAAACCGUUUCAAACGCUUCUCGGACACGAUUUACCCAUCAUUUGCGUGGCGAUUGCUACGGAAUUAGACAUGGCCGUUUCUGGGUCACAAGACGGCACCGUCAAUGUGUAUAGCAUACACCAGGGACUUUUGGUUCAUUGUCUCACUCCUUUAGGUUGCGUGUUGCCCCCGUCCGUUGUAUCAUACGUCACCAUUUCUUUUCAAGGACAUAUCGCUUUCUCAGCUAAAGAUGAAGUGUGUACAUCAUAUCACGUGUAUAUGAUAAAAAUUCAUAUGUCAUACAAUUUGAACCAUUUUUCAGAAAAGUCAUUCCGUCCAUGUCUUCAGCUGUAAUGGUGACAAUUUAGGUUCAAAAUACGUGGCUGCUCAAGUGACUGGUAUCACGACUAUAGGUGAUUGUUUGGUUGUCGUCGACGAUGCGGGCGAUUUGACACUAAGUAGAUUAUUAGGGUAAGUAAUAUUAUAUAAGAAUCAAUUAACAAAUUUUACAAAAAAAUUUGUUUACUAUCAUACAUUUUAAAUCAAAUAAUUCAUUUAAAACCAAUCGCCAAAAGGAAAAAACAACUUUUAAAUUUAUUUUAUUGUCUUACCUAUACAAUGAGUACAGUAUAUAUAUAUAUAUAUACUUGUAUACUCUUCUAAAUUAUUACCAAAACAUUAUUCGUUUUCAAUAACUAAUCACAGAAUGUUUUAAAAAAUUGACAAAUCAUAUUUGUACAUGACAAAAAUGUAGUGUUAUCAGUGUCGUAACUAGAACUUGAUAGGAUUGAUUCAAGGUAAAAGCUCAAAGUCCAAAAUUUAUAAAUAAUAUAAAUAUAACAUUUUUAUGGAAAUCAAAAGAUGUAGGCUAUAAGGUGUAAUUUUACGGGACUUUUGCUCUUUGUGUGACUGUGUUACUAGAGACUCUGAAAAACCUUGUUUACGGCUUUACUUGUUUCAUUAGUUUAUGCACUUAAGUAUAUUUAGUUGCCUACCCCACUUUAGUAGUCGAUUUUAUGAAUUAUGAUGUACUAACGUGUGUUGAAAUAAAGUAACUAAAACAAAUUAAAUAAAUAUGAAAAAAACACAUAGCCUGGAAUCAUAAUGACAAUUUGUUCACUGUUGUGUUUGUUUACGACCGGUUUCGGUUAUAGACAUCAUCAUCAGGUAAUUUAACCACCUUGAUGAAUCAAGAUGAUUUUUAAAAUCGAAACCGGUCGUAAAUAAACGUAACAUAUUUUAAUAUUAUCACUCCAGGCUACGUUUAUAUUUUGUUUUAUUUUUUUUUAUGUAUAUGUACAUAUAUAUUUAUUUUAUUUAAUUGGAUAUAAUUUCAAAAUAAGACAAAUUUAAAAUAAUUGCUUUUUUCCCGCUUAAAUAAAAGGAUUACAUUGAAAGUCAUAGAUAAUAACACCAUUCGAUUCGCUUUGUUAUCCCAACUUCGUAAACUAACAUACGAGUACAAACACUAGAUUAAAAGUAAACUCAUCUAACGAUUAUACGUUUAUUUUUUCAUUUCCUGUUCCGCGUUAAAAACACUGAAUAUUAUAUCAUUAUUUUUAUAGCAGCGAUUUUCGUAUACCGAGUCGAUAUAUUAUACCCGGUCGUCAAACCCACGUCCUAUCUUAGAUCAUAUAAUAUGAUGGAUAGAGUUACGGCUAUAUCUCAUGUGAAACGAGUAUGUCGCCAACAUACUAAGAGGACGUGUAGCUAUUGCGCAUGCGUCGCUCGCUUCAUAAUACCAAUAAAACCGAUAUCGGAUAUUCGGAUGUACAUUUUAUUUGGUAGGCUGUGAUAAGACUGAGAACAGUACUACGAGCAUGCGCAGAAGUUAGAUGCCUUCUUGAUAUGUUGGUGACGAGUUAUAUUGCGUAUAGCUCUAUCCAUUGUGUAUGAUCUAAGGUCCUAUCGUAUAGGUACCAGAGAGCUUAAACAAUAUUAUGAUAAUUGGCAACUACUCUUAUCAACGUUUCAUGGGACGCGCCGUUUUACCCGUGAAUGGCAUUUAUUCGAAAAAUGAUACGAACCGUUUGCGGAAACUUGGACCGGUCGCAUAGUAACAUAUUGCACACAGUACACGCGAAAUAAAAUACUACCCGACGUGAUUUCACAUAACAAAUCGAGGUUUAUUUUCGAUUAAUUUUUUCCAUUUGCUUUGUCUGGAACAAAUGGACCAAAUAAUACGGCUUUGUCUAAACAAAGCCGUAUUACAAUUAAAUGUAGUGGUAUUUAGUAUUCAAAUAGUAUGAACUUAAAAUAUAUAAGAAUAGAAGUUAUGCUUUCAGUCCGUUAUUAUGUAUCCUAAUUAUUAUCUGUCCUUAUCAUUUUCAAACAAUUGCACCCAUCCCCCAUUUUACGACUACGCAGUAUAUUAUAAUUACUAUAAUAUCGAAGUGGCGACUAAGCGUACUAAUACUGCCAGCAGUUACGAAAUGGCGUCGUCUAUAACAGAACACAAUCCUCUUUAAUUACGUAGACUCUCGAAUCGUAACUAUAAAAUUUCGGAACGAAUUCACUGUCGAGCGGCGCGGCGCACGAAGAUUAAAAACGUCACGCCGCACUGUUUAAAAUCUAAGCAAUAAUAAUACACUCAUGUCACGAGGUUGUUGUGAUUAUUAUUAUUUAACAGCCUAAUAACCAUAGAUAAUAUUUGUAUACACACGGAUGGUAAAUUAUCUGUAUGCCUAUAAACUAUAUUGUGGUCAAUACCUAUAGUCACUGUCGACUACCUGCACGUUGGUCGCGCGUAUGUAAUUAUGAUAGUGAUCUAUGGUAAGAAUUCCCUCAUAAUAUUAACAUUGAUAACAUGGUUACAAUUAUGUGGCAUUUGUCUACAUGUAUUUAUUUUAUUAUUCAACAACAGUUUUUAUACAAUAUUGUAUCAAUAUGACCUAUGGUAUACCUUAAUACUUAAGAUUUUCGAAAUACCAAUGGAUAACAUUACAUCUUAAUGCAUAUAAUCAUUUUCAACCUCGAUGUAUUGUACCAGAUGAUUCAUUUAAGUGGGUACACUCGUUAUCUCGGAAAGUAUUAAUUUUUUCCGGAAUUUGUUUUCUAGAACAUUUAAGAAACAAGCUGUUCUACAAUUUUAUAUUUGUGUUAAUUUUGUGAACCUUAUUUUUGGGGGUAAAACCACUACCUUCUUUCAAUUUCAAAUGACACUCUAUAUUAAAAAGUUCAUAAAUAGAUGGAAUAUUAGUUAAAAUAAAUUUUAGUUUUGACAUUUUUGAUUAUUAUGGAGAUAUUGACGAUAUAUUCCACUUUUAGGUUUAGGUUGGAGGAGAGUAGUGAUGUAUUACAUGUGUGGCGGUACGGCGCGCGGCGUGUUAAUAAUGCACCACUGUACUCUCCUCCAACCUAAAAUUAAAAGUGGAAUAUAUCAAUAUAUCAAUGUCUCCACUUAAAUCAAAAAUGUCAACACUAAAAUUUAUUUUAAUUAAUACUCCAUCUAUUUAUGGACUUUUAAUAUAGAUUGCCAUUUGAAAAUCAAAAGUUGGUAGUGGUUUUAUACCCAAAAAUAAGGUUGACAAAAAUUAACAUAAAUGUAUAAUUGUAGAACAGUUUAUUUCUUAAAUUUUCUAGAGAAUAAAUUCCGGAAAAAGUUAAUACUUUCUGAGAUAAUGAGUGUACCCACUUUAAUGGAUCACCCGAUAUACAAUAUGUAAACGAUUUACAUAAUAUGAUACGAUAUAAUACGAUACACAAUUUAAUAUAAGGGGAAUGGUAAACUCUUAUAUGGACAUAUAGCGUAAACUAUUUGGAAGUUGGGUUAGUAAAGUUUUAAAAAAGAAAUGCUAAUUUUAUUGUUUUUUUUUUUUUUUUAAGUCGUAAUACAUUAAUAAAUAAUAUUCAAUAAUUAAUUUAAAAUAACACUCGUAAUAAUUAUUAUAAUAAGAAAAUAUGAUAAAUGAUCAAAAAUGUAUUUUUUUGUUAUAAAAUCGUUCAUAUAAUAAUGCAUACAUAUUCAACACAUGAAUAACUCGAACUUGUUUGUGAUUACAGUUUACAUCCAGUGUACGACGUCCCUUUGCACGUUCCUAUCCAAACGGUAGUCGCCACGCCGGGCAACACGCACCUGUUGGCUCCGUUGAGAGACGGCAAAAUCGUCGUCAUCGGAUUACCGAAUUCGAACAACCAAUAAAUAUCGGGGACGACAAUCAGUUUGGCGCCUUCGCGUCACCGUUUUUUAAUAUUCGAUUUUAUUAACGGAAGUAACAAUUUCGAUAGAUCUUAUGUAAUAGGAAAACUCUAUUUUCAAGUCGUCGUCGUGUAAAUCGUACCUACGGGUUUUUUUUUUAUUUAUUAUUUUUUUUUUUUUUUU